GCUUCUCGCACAGGCGCACAUUGCCCCCUGCCCCGGGAGAGGGGGGGGAUGCGCGCAUGCGCACUGUCCCCAGCGGAGAGGGGCUUUUAUGAGCUUGCGCAUUCCCCUCAUUCCGUGAGUCGGGUUCCUCGCGCGCACGCGCGUCCUGUCUCCGUUGCCAGCCCCUCCCCACGGGUCUCUCGCGAGAGGCUGGGAUUUAUUCCUACGUGCUGUGCCGUGCUGCUCAUGGCGGCGCUGGAGCGGGGGCGCUGAGCUGUUGGGUAUGAAGUGUAACAGAACAGAAUUUACCACCUGAAACUGCUGCUUCAAGUUCAGAUCAGGAAAGGAAAACGCCACAUUGUAACAACAAAACAAGACCAAAGAAGAGUAAACCUAUACUGAAGACACAACACUUGAUCUGAAACAAGAAGUUUGUGCCUACUCAACAGCUUCAAAAGAGCACGUCCCAACGCUGCUAGUAGUCUUUGUUUUCUCCAGUGCUGCACUGAAACUCCCCAGUGCAGCAGCAGUUAUAUUCUUUAUUAGCUUCAUAGAUCAUUUUCCUCUCGCUGUCUUUUUUUUAAUAGCAGUCUUCAUACUUUGAAACGUGUGCUGAAACAGAAGAAUCAGCAAAUACUACUGAAAGUGCAAUAUUUGAAUAUCACUGCGAGCUGUAUGAGAUGGAGAACCAUUAUACUGUGUCAUCAGAUCCUCUCCCCCCUCCUGCAGCUUCCCCUCCUUCUCUUCUUUUACCUUUCUCUUCAUCUUCUACCUCAUCUGGGUCUAAAAAGCAGAAGAGGACCCCCCUGUAUCAGAGAUCUAUGAGCUUUGAUCCAAACCUUCUUCACAACAAUGGACACAACGGGUACCCUAAUGGUACUUCGGCAGCACUGCGUGAAACUGGGGUUAUUGAAAAACUGCUGACCUCGUAUGGAUUCAUUCAGUGUUCAGAACGGCAAGCUAGACUGUUCUUCCACUGUUCACAGUAUAAUGGCAACCUGCAGGAGCUUAAAGUAGGAGACGAUGUUGAAUUUGAAGUAUCUUCUGACCGCCGAACUGGAAAACCUAUUGCUGUUAAAUUGGUGAAGAUAAAACCAGAAAUUUUACCUGAAGAGCGAAUAAAUGGACAAGUUGUGUGCGCUGUUCCUCACAAUUUAGAGAGUAAAUCUCCAGCUGCCCCGGGUCAGAGUCCAACAGGGAGUGUAUGCUACGAACGUAAUGGGGAAGUGUUUUACCUGACUUACACCCCUGAGGAUGUUGAUGGAAAUGUACAGCUGGAAACUGGAGAUAAAAUAAAUUUUGUAAUUGAUACAAAUAAACAUACUGGUGCUGUAAGUGCUCGCAACAUUAUGCUAUUGAAAAAGAAACAAGCCCGCUGUCAAGGAGUAGUUUGUGCCAUGAAGGAGGCCUUUGGAUUUAUUGAAAGGGGCGAUGUCGUAAAGGAGAUAUUCUUCCACUAUAGUGAAUUUAAAGGUGACUUAGAAGCCUUACAGCCUGGUGAUGAUGUGGAGUUUACAAUCAAAGACAGAAAUGGUAAAGAAGUUGCAACAGAUGUAAGACUACUGCCUCAAGGAACUGUUAUUUUUGAAGAUAUCAGCAUUGAACAUUUUGAUGGGACUGUAACCAAAGUAAUCCCAAAAGUACCCAACAAAAAUCAGAAUGACCCAUUGCCUGGACGCAUCAAAGUUGACUUUGUGAUUCCUAAGGAACUUCCUUUUGGAGACAAAGAUACAAAAUCCAAGGUGACACUACUGGAAGGUGACCAUGUUAGAUUCAACAUUUCUACAGAUCGACGUGACAAAUUGGAACGAGCCACCAAUAUUGAAGUUCUUCACAAUACUUUCCAGUUUACUACUGAAGCUAGAGAAAUGGGUGUGAUUGCAGCAAUGAGAGAUGGCUUUGGUUUCAUUAAAUGUGUUGACCGGGAUGCCCGCAUGUUUUUUCACUUCAGUGAAAUUCUGGAUGGAAACCAGCUCCACAUUUCAGAUGAAGUAGAGUUUACUGUAGUUCCUGAUAUGCUGUCUGCCCAAAGAAAUCAUGCUAUAAGGAUUAAGAAGCUUCCUAAGGGCACAGUUUCAUUCCACACCCAGUCAGAUCACCGCUUUGUGGGCACUAUAGAAAAAGAAGCCACUCCUGCCAAAGCCACUAGCCCAAAUAAAAGCAAAGAGAAGGAACCUGAAGAGGGAAUAAUCGCGUAUGAUGAUUGUGGAGAGAAACUGACUGUUCCUUAUCAAGCGAAGGAUGUGGAAGGAUCUACUAACCCUCAGAUAGGAGAUAAGGUUGAAUUCAGUGUUUGUGAAGUGAAGAGAACAGGUUCGCAGACAGCAGUUUCUGUCAGAAUGCUUGGUCGCAACUACAGCUCCAAGAGGCUUGUGGGAUAUGUGGCAACCCUGAAAGAUAACUUUGGAUUUAUCGAAACAGCCAAUCAUGAUAAGGAGAUCUUCUUCCAUUACAGUGAAUUCUCUGGUGAUGUUGACAGCCUGGAACUUGGGGACAUGGUGGAAUACAGCUUGUCAAAAGGCAAAGGAAAUAAAGUCAGUGCGGAAAAGGUGAACAAAAUACAUGCAGUGAAUGGUGCCACUGAGGAAGCGGAUCCAACUGUCUACACGGGUAAAGUAAUUCGUCCCCUGCGGAGUGUAGAUCCCACGCAGACUGAAUACCAGGGAAUGAUUGAGGUCAUGGAGGAUGGGGAGAUGAAAGGAGAGGUCUAUCCAUUUGGAAUUGUGGGGAUGGCAAACAAGGGCGAUUGCCUGCAAAAGGGGGAGACAGUCAAGUUCCAGCUCUGUGUCCUUGGUCAGAAUGAACAGACGAUGGCUUGUAACAUUACACCUUUCCGCAGAGCCACUGUGGAAUGUGUGAAAGAUCAGUUUGGAUUCAUUAACUAUGAAGUGGGUGACAGCAAAAAGCUCUUUUUUCAUGUGAAAGAAGUUCAGGAUGGUGUAGAACUUCAGGCUGGAGAUGAAGUAGAGUUCUCAGUGAUCCUGAAUCAGCGCACAGGGAAAUGCAGUGCCUGUAAUGUAUGGCGUGUCUGUGAAGGCGCAAAGGCUGUUGCUGCUCCGCGGCCAGAUAGACUUGUUAAUCGUUUAAAGAGCAUUACUUUAGAUGAUGCCAGUGCUCCUCGCCUAACAGUUCUUCGUCAACCAAGGGGACCGGAUAACUCAAAGGGAUUUGGUGCAGAGAGAAAGAUUCGUCAAGCUGGUGUUAUUGACUAAGUGAUCCAUAAAGCACAUAACUAAGUAUGAUCAAGCAGUGGGAGCUGGUGAAGGGUACUGAAUAUCCCCCUAUUCAUCCCUUCCAAAUUCUAAGAAGCUGUUACACCAGUUUUAACACCUUCCUCAUGUUAUGUUUAAAAAAUUUAUGAAACCAUUUUAAAAUUAUGCACAGUUGCAUCCUGAAGACUUAAGGUGGCGCCUUAUAGUAUCACAUUUUAGACGCUUUUUGAAUGGUGCAUUUAACGCAACUGGUAACUGCAAAUCUACAUUGCCUAUGUAAGUGAACAUUAUAAACAGUUCUACUCUGGUAGACCUUAUGAAAUUCUGCACUAAAAAAGAUAUAUAUAUAUAUACUCUACCUUCAUUAUUUUUGCCAAGGUGUUAGUAUGCCUUAGCUCUCAGUUGCAUUAUUUUCCCCUCCAUGUGAGAGGCUCAUUUCCUGUUGUUCAGAUCUAAUUCUGAGGACCAUAUGAGGGUGGACUAUAUGAACUUUUUUUAUAUAAAUCUGUAUGAGCAUUCAGAUAACUUUAUUAAGUUGAUGGCCAAAUGUUACAAUGUUUUCAUAUCUCAUUUAAACUUGAGUCCAUGUAAGAAAGUUCUGUUAGAUCUCAGUGAAAGUACCUUCCAGAGUAGAUCUGUUUUUGUAACUUUCUGCAAAUAGUAUGUGCAGUGCAGAAUUUCAGAAGGAUGAGGUGUGCCAUUGGUGUGAUUUAAAUAUAUAAAACAAUGCACAAAUUUUGCUGCUGCUUAGAACACUGCAGCUUCUAAUCCCAGUUUCUUUUACUGAUUUAAAUUUAAAAAUUGUGCCUGAAGUGAAUACAUUUUUUCUUUUUGCAGCCAGCACCCAGUGUACUGUAAAAGAAUAAAUACUUAGGCUUUCCAUAGCUGUAUUGAGAUUUUCAUCAAGGUGAAAUAGUUAAUGUCUGUGUGCUUUUUUUUUCCCCCAGUCACACUUUAUCAAGCAAGAAAACGGAAUGAUUGGUCUAAGUAUUACUUUAACCAAAAAGAUCAGGAGUUAUUUUCUUUGAAUAGAGGGCAGUACUGUGUUUUUUUUUCCCCCUCCAUAUUACCUCUAUUCUCAAUUUAGGGUUUUUCUUCUCUGGGAGAUGCAUUAUCUUUUUGUGAAACAAACAUUGCUUUCUCCAAUUUUCUGUUAAUGGCAAAGAUUGGAAAUAGAAUAAAGUUUUACUGAUUUUGAAAGA